AUGCAAGAACUUGAUAAGCAAUCGGAUAUUCAGGUAACUCUGUUCGGAGAUGCUUAUAUCGCAGAUUCAAAGACUCCUACGGAAACCGAUGUGCUCAAUAUCUAUAAGGACCUGUCCAAGCUGACAGACAUAGAGCGCCAUCUGAAUUUGCUAUACAGACCCUUCGCCUGCUUCAUCAACACAAAGUGUCAUUACAAUCUGAUGAAUCUGAGCCUCUGUAUACCCGGCUGCACCUACGACCCCGACAGACAUAUGGCUCUGGUGACAACUCACCGUCGCCCCAUAGCCACCAUCAAGAUCUACGCCAAUGGUAACAUAUAUUGUCAGGCCUUUAACCGGAUAAAUGCCUAUCAGGUUCUGUCCAACUUUUCGGAGGCACUGGCCGAAUUGAGCGGAUACUCCCCCUGUCUGCGUCAGCCCAAGUUCAACCUGGUCAACGCCACCUUCUGCAUGCCGUUCCCCUUGGACCUGCAGGCACUUAACAGGCGUUAUGAGCGCUCAACCGUGUACACUCCCAAGAAGUAUCCGUUUCUGACCUAUCGCAUGAAGGACUCUAUGAUCAAGUUCGCCAUCUUCCCCGUGGGCUAUGUGUACGUGAUGUUCUCCACCUAUCCGGAACAGACCCGGCGGGCAAUAGCCCAUGUCCUGCGCGUCCUGUACACUUGCCGGGCUCCCAAUCAGCAGAAUCAAAGCGAUCUUGAGCUCAGCCAUGGCGAUAUCAACUUCAAGCUGCUUUGGGAGAAGGAGUUCCAGAGAGAUGACGACUUUUCAAUCCAAUGGAAAGCCACAUGCCGGUAG